AGACGUCCACCUCACUGCGCAUGUGUAGAGCGGGCAGCAGAAGAUGGCAUCGUCCAUGAGUGGGAUGUUUUCUGGUCAGCAGCCGCCCGUUGCUCAUCCCGUCGGAGGUCCUGGUGGACCGGGACAGCCGGGCUUCCCCGGUACCGCUGCCAGAGCCCCGGGGAACAACACGCUGGUAGACGAACUGGAAGCUUCGUUUGAGGCAUGUUUUGCAUCUCUGGUUAGCCAAGACUACGUUAAUGGAACUGACCAGGAGGAGAUUCGAACUGGUGUUGACCAGUGCAUACAGAAGUUCCUGGACGUGGCUCGACAGACCGAGUGCUUCUUCUUACAGAAAAGGCUUCAGUUGUCUGUGCAGAAACCAGAGCAGGUGGUAAAAGAGGAUGUGUCAGAGUUACGUAAUGAGCUUCAGAGGAAAGAGUUACUGGUUCAGAAACACUUGUCCAAGCUUCACCACUGGCAGCAAGUGCUGGAGGAUGUGAGCGUUCAGCAGCGCAAACCCACCGACCUUCCUCCCCCCGGACCGCUUGCCUUUCUGGAGCAGGCCUCUGCGAGCCUGCCGCCAGCCCCUUUGAAACCAAAUUAACACACCAUGGGGCAAUCACAUAUGUCCUCUGUUAAUUAUAUUUCUUCCAUUCCCAGAAGGUGAUGUUGAACUUUGACCUGCAAGUGAGCUGCAGCCGUCUUGAGAUAUCACUGAAACACCUGUUUGCAUUCGUCAUACUGGCAUUAUUCGAAGUACAUGGGAUACGGAGUGAAUAUAUCUGCAGGACAGAAGUCAAAUGUGACUGUACCUAAUAUACCUAAACGCUAUAAAGAAGAGAACACACCAUGUACGCCACGUCAGGCCUGCUGUCAAGUGUCAACCUAUGAGAAAACCCAGGAACUGUUUGCUGUCACUGCUCAGCUGUGCGGAAUAUCACAAUAUAGAUUUUUAGUUUUUUUGUCAACUUUUUUUCCAGUAUUUUGAUUUAUGUAAAUAUUUUUGUUGCUGUCUUUUUACUGUAAAAAUAAAAAUUUCUGAGUA